AUGGCCAGUUAUGAUUUGCAAAAUAUAUGUGCUUUUUGUGUUGACGUCGCAAAAGAGGCUGGCGAGAUGAUUUAUGCUGCACGGCCAACGUUGUCAACCACAUCCUCAAAGAAAAACACCGCAGAUAUUGUUACCGAGACAGACCAGGCCGUCGAAAUGGUCAUCUACGAAAGACUUCAACAACAGUUCCCAACGUUCGCCUUUAUCGGGGAAGAGACAUUCAAGGAUGGCACCACCCUCACCGACGAACCAACAUUCAUCGUGGACCCGAUCGAUGGCACAUCCAACUUUGUUCAUGGAUUCCCAGUGGUCUGCGUGUCCAUAGCUCUCGUUAUACAUAGACAACCUACUAUUGGCGUGGUUUAUAACCCGUUUCAAGAUGAGCUUUGGAGUGCUGUCCGAGGCGGAGGAGCAUUCGUCUCACAAGGUAGCUCGACGCCAAGGAAAUUGCCACUUAGUUCGUUACCUCUAGAGAAUCUGCAAACAGCCAGUAUUGGUUUGGAAUGGGGCAGCGAUAGAGAAGGUCCCAACUUUGAUCUGAACCUCAAGGUAUUUACAAAGUUGGCCAGGACUGUCGCCUCAGGGGGUCACUUUGCCAAUUCUCUCCGUUUCAUGGGCUCAGCCGCCAUCGCAAUCUGUCGUGUUGCCGCAGGGCAGCAGGAUGCGUUCUGGGAAUGUGGCUGCUGGGCGUGGGAUGUGGCAGCAGCCUGGUGUGUUUUAUUGGAGGCUGGAGGUAUCAUGGUGGAUGGACAUCCCGGCAAGAUGCAUCCUCCUCUAGAUAAUAGACGAUAUCUUGCUGUUAGGCCGGCGACCACUGGGCAGCAAGAGUUUGUAGAAGAGUUCUGGACCGUAAUUGGAGAUAGUCGGUCAACCUAUGGCCCUGGCUGA